AUGACCUCCGCUAAGACCUCGCACCCCUUCACCCGGUCACCCGCUCUCCCCCCCACAGCCCCCCACGCAUCUACAGCCCACCAGCCCCCUCACCGCUGCCCAGAGCCUGCUUUUGGCUGUGUGGAAUGGAAAUCUGUGGUUUUCUCCAGUGAUCUGUUGGGUUCUGGGGCUGUGGUGCGAUGUUGGGGAGGGCUGAAACCACCACGAGGAGUUAUACGGUAA